AUGGUGGGGCCCGGCCCAACUGCCAGCGCAGCCGCGGAAGAACGAUGGAGAAAGCUCCAGGAGUACCUGGCAGCCAAGGGAAAGCUGAAGGACCCGAACACCAAGCCUUAUCUAAAAGCCAAGAAUAACUGCCCCAAACCACCAUCUUCCAAAUAUACUCCUGGACCUAAAAAAGAUGUUUCUAAUCAUGCUGCUUUGCCUGUCAAAACCACAAGGCCCAUCAACACUAAACUCCAGACUAAGCCAGCUAAUGUCACAGGGUCCCGGAAGCCAGAGUUGGAGCCACCAAAACUUGCAGGCAAAAGGCUCACUUCAAGAUGUUUUUCUUCUAACCCAGACUGUAAACAGUCCAGUAAGAGCCAGCAGCAGCACAGAGCUACAUUGUCUACAAUAGGGCUGUCAAAAAAACCCAGGCGGUCCGCUGGUACCCAAGAAGUGAAACCCCAAAAGCAACAGGAAACACAUCAAGGAAAUGCCGAAUGCACUGGUCCUGUGGCUAGGACCCAUGUCGAAAACCAAUCUUUGAAGGGCUUUCUAGAUGACGUGAACAAAGAGAACUUGCCCCUAACAUUGCUAGAACCUGGGAAGCCAGAUCCUGACUCAUACCCCAUAAGUAAGCCAAACACUGGCUUCUAUAAUCAAACCCAGAGAAGUCUGGCUUCUAAACAAAUCUUGAGCAAAAGUUUGGUUAACCGUACUGUUCUGAAAGACAGAGCCAACAAACAGUGUGUUAGAAACACACAAGUCAGAGCUCAACCAGUGAAGUCCCAGCAUCUCUCUACAGAUGCAGAUUCUGCACAACCAAGAGAAAAGCCCCCACGAACAGUUCCCUCCCACUUCAUUCUGGCCCAUAGUAAGACUCAGACGUCAAAGAAACCAGUGGUCAAGGACACACAGGACAUAAAGAUUAACAGGGUUAAAUGUGGAAGACCAAAUGAAACUAAGGUUCAGUCACACCCUGCUACUAAACAAAAAGAAAAACAUACUAAACCUGGUUCCCAGCCCAGCUUGCUUCAGGGAGGACAGAACAACAGACAUCCAACCAUCAAGCAGAAUCAAAAGACUGUGCAGCCUUGUCUUGGACCCCGGACGUCAUGCAUUCUGCAAAAGUCAAGAGCUAUAAGCCAGAGGCCUAAUUUGACUGUUGGCAACUUUAAUCCAGUCAUUCUAAGCACCCCUAGCAUAAGAGCAAAUAAAGCCCAUAACAAUAAAUGCAAUAACAUCUUUCAACAAAAAGCACAGACUCUGGACUUCAAGUUUAAAAAGGUUCUUCCCCAGAGCCAGUUUCUGAACAAGACUGCUCCCAAAACAAAAGCUGGUACAGCAACCACGAGUAGGAAGGAGGCCGCAAGCGCUACCCAGACUCAUCCACGUGUUACAAAGACAGAAGUAGAGGAUCGGAGGAAACAGCUGGAAGAAUGGCAGAAAUCUAAGGGGAAAACCUAUAAACGCCCUCCCAUGAAUUUGAAACCAAAAAGAAAAGUCAUAGAGGAAAUGAACAUUUCGUUCUGGAAGAGCAUUGAAAGAGAAGAAGAAGAAAAGAAAGCUCAGUUGGAGCUGUCCAAUAAAAUUCACAGCACUCUGACAGAGUGUCUGAGGCUCAUUGAGGAGGGUGUAUUUCCUAAUGAAAUAUUUACCAUUGUGUCAAGCAUUCCUGAGGCUGAAAAAUUUUCCAAGUUCUGGGUCUGCAAAGCAAAGUUCCUAGCAAGUAGAGGUCCCUUUGAUGCUAUUGGACUGUACGAAGAGGCCAUUAGAAGUGGGGCCGCACCAAUGCAAGAACUACAGGAAGUUCUGAACAUUCUGCAGGAUCCAAGCAGAAGCACAGAGGCAGUCACCUCUGACUCGUUAGCUGCUGGAAUUAAUGUCACAUCUGUGGACGAGCUGGCCAAAAAGGAGGAAUCUGGGCAGUCAUGUCCUUCUCCAACAGAAGGAGAGCAGAUUUCGGCAGCUCCACCAAUAACCACGGCAGAAUGGGAUAACCCUGGGAUCAAACUGCAGAUCGCCCCUCUCCCUAGAAUAUGUGGUGUGCCAGAAGUGCAAGACAUGAAGCUCAUCACUCCCGUGAGGCGCUCAGCGAGGAUCGAACGAGCAGUGGCCCGCUACCCAGAAAUGCUGCAGGAGCAUGACGUCGUCGUGGCUUCUCUUAACGAGCUACUGGAAGGGGACAAAACAGAGUACUUUGUCUUCCGGGAAAAUGAGGCCUUACCUGUGUCACUAGGCUUUGAAGUCCUUGAAUCAUGA